CUGAAAGAUUUAUCUAUAUUGAUAAUGAAAUACCAAUAGAAUCAUUAAUGGAUGAAGAAAUUAUAGCUGCAAUAAUUUCAAGUUCUGAAAAUAAUAAUGUAGAAGAAGAUGAUAAAUUGAAAAUAUAUUAUUACCAAUAA